AUGCUCUCCGCAACCCCGGCGCGUCGGCGCACCUCUUUGGCCCAAAGCCGCCCUCCGCCGAGUGCACGCUCGCGAGCCACCCCGCGAGCCACCGACGCCGCAGAAGCGCCCGAACUACCACCCUACGAGGCCCCCGAGGCUCCUCUCACAGCGGACACCCACCGCCAGCUUCGCUCGCUCCUCCAAUCGCAAUAUCUCCGCGUCACCACGAGCAACCUCCAACACGCAGCCGAGAAACUCACCGACUCAGCCGGCGAAGUCAACGAGCGGCUUAGCGAUGCCCGACUACGAUACGAACGGCUGAAAGAGCGACGGCGCACGUCCGAAGAAGAUACCCAGGAACCAGACGGGGAUGAUGAUAAUGAGGAGUACCAGCGUCUUGCCGAGCAGGAGAGGCGAGUGGAUGCUGUGACAGGCCGGAUGGAGGAGAAGAUUCGCCAGCUCAUUGAUGGCGAGACGCAAUUGCAUGCACUGACAGAGAAAUUGGCGGAAAUUGAUCGAGAGGAAGGAGAUGCACAGAAUGCUGCGCUGGGCGCGCGACAAACUCGGGGUCCGCGACGCCUGCGACGGCGGGGCGACGAGGAUGAGGAUGAGGAUGGGGAAGACGAAGAAGACGAGGAUUAUGAGGCUACGCCCGUGCGAGAAUUUCGAGAGCGCAACGCGCAGAAUCCUCCUAGCCGGAGACUGGACGACUCGCUGGUCGAGGGGCAAGAUCAGUGGAAGGAGCUGUCGUUGACGGAGAGGUAUGCCGGACACAACACCUACAUCGGAUUCUACCGCAUCGUGCAUGACUCCAAGUUCCCGGGCGACGAGGUCCCGCCCCUCCCCCUCUCUACUACGUGGUUCUCGCAUCUAGAAGACCAUGUCGCCUCUGGCAGCCCGUCAAACCGCCGCACUCGUACCCGCACCCACACCCAGCGGCAACCCUCACCUGCGGACUCGGAUGACAUCGCGAUUGAGCGCGAGCGCAUCUCGCUCCACUGCCCGGUCACCCUGCUGCGGUUCCGCGACCCGGUCACCAGCACCAAAUGCCCGCACAGCUUUGAGCGCGACGCCAUCAUGGACAUGAUCGCACGCUCUCGACCCAUGCCCGGUGGUCCGCGCCGUGCGAAGGCUGUCAAGUGCCCUGUCUGCUCGAUCCUACUGACCGCGGACGACCUGCCCCGCGACGCGGCUCUGCUGCGGCGGGUGCGGCGGGCGGAGGAGCUGGAGGCGCGGCGGGCGGAGGAUGGGGAACUGGAGGAUGAUGGGCAGCGGCAAGGAGACCGGGUAACGCUGGCGAGCGACGCUUUGGAUGCUGAUGAGGAUGCGAUGGAUGUGGAUGUGCCGACUGAGAGGCCGAUUAAGUCGGAGCCGGUGCGGGUUAAGGCGGAGCGGAGGCAGACUAUGGAGCUAGGGAGUGAUGAGGAUGAGGAUGAGGAUGAGGAAGAGGAGGAAGAGGAGGAGGAGGAUAGCGAGUAA